GGCUGGCAGGCUGCUUCCAGGAGCUGUGUCUCCUGACAGUCAUGGACAUUGUGCAACUUAGGGAGAGCAUCACCCACUCGUGGGCUGGUGGUGGGGAGAGCACUUGCAGUAGGAUGCCAGGGUGUCACCUCGGUGGAGGAGAAGCUUGGGGACAGCAGUGGUGGUGGCUCCUUGACUCAGGGGACAGGUGCCUGAACACUCCAUGCUGGGACCAGCCACCAGCAUGGAUGAUGAUAUCAUCACUGCCGAGGUCUGCAAGGAGGAUGAUGUUGGGGACGGAGAGCUCUUGGAUGUGACGGUAGCUGGCUACCCAGUGCUGCUGGUGAGGAACAAGGAGGAGUUCAGGGCUGUGGGCAGCAAGUGCCCCCACUAUGGUGCCCCGCUGAGUAAAGGAUUCUUGAAAGGGGAGAGGCUGCGCUGCCCCUGGCACGGUGCCUGCUUUAACAUCAAAACUGGGGACAUUGAGGAAUACCCUUCUCUGGACUGUCUUCCCUGCUUUAAGGUAACAGUGGAAAAUGGAAAGGUGUUUGUUACAGCAAAAAAGAAGGACCUUGAAAGCAGCCAGAGAGUGAAAAACACAAGCAAGCGAUGCCUCCUCAACAGGGACACUGUGCUGCUUCUGGGGGGAGGUGUGGCUGCCCUGGUGUGUGCAGAGACACUUCGCCAGGAGGGCUUUACUGGCAGGAUCAUCAUGGCCACUAAAGAGAACCAUGUUCCAUAUGACAAGACCAAGCUGAGCAAGAAAAUGAACUUGAAAGCUGAGGAGGUCUACCUGAGGAAACCUGAGUUCCUUGAGGCUCAAAACAUAGAGCUCUGGACAGCAAGAGAGGCAGUGUCAGUGGACUUCCAGAAGCAGAAGGUCCACUUUAUGGAUGGAUCCUCUCAAAAGUACAAUCAGCUCCUCAUUGCAACAGGCAGCCACUCCAGCUCCCUCAAUGUCCCAGGUGCAGACCUGCAGAAUGUGUGCAUCCUCCAAACCCCAGAAGACUCCAGCAAGAUCUUAGAGCUGGCAACUGGGAAGAAUGUGGUGAUCGUUGGAGCUUCAUUCAUAGGAAUGGAGAUAGCUGCCUUCCUCUCAGACAAGGCUGCUGCCAUCUCAGUGGUGGAGAAAAAUGAGUUCCCUUUCCAGAAUACUCUGGGUCCUCAGGUUGGAGCUGUCACCUUGAAGAUGCUGCAAAAGAAAGGGGUGAAGUUUCACAUGAAAACAGAGCUCUGCGAGCUGAAAGGAAAGGAUGGCAAGGUCACAGAGGCUGUUCUUGCCAGUGGAAAGAAACUACCUGCAGAUGUGGUAGUGGUGGGAAUAGGGGUGUUCCCCAACUCAGCAUUUCUGAAGGACACCUCCAUCGCCAGAGAUGACAGCGGUGCCAUCCUGGUGGACCUGCACAUGCGAACCAACGUCCCAAACGUCUUCGCUGCGGGGGACGUGGUCUCCUUCCCGGUAGCGCUGCUCAAUGGGGACCAGUCCAGCAUCCAUCACCAACAGGUGGCUGAGGCCCAUGGUCACAUUGCUGCCUUAAACAUGCUGAAGAAAAACCAGGAGCUGCACACUGUUCCCUACUUCUGGACCACAAUGCUUGGGAAGAGCAUCCGCUACACAGGCUGUGGGAAGGGAUACACAGACACUGUUGUGAAGGGCAGCCUGGAGCAAGAGACUUUCCUGAUCUUUUACAUCAGGGAUGGCUUUGUGACUGCAGCUGCCAGCCUCAACCGUGACCCCAUGGUGUCUCUGAUAGCAGAAGUUUUGUACUCAGGGAAACAGAUCUCUAAGGAAGAAGCAGAGGCCUGCGACAUCUGCAAUGUACCCUCACUGGCAGAAACCUAAGCUCAGUACAUGCCCUGCUGCGAGGGGCAUAGCCAACUUGGUGUUAACAGCUCCACAUCCUCCUGUUCUGGCACAAGAGAAA